AUGGAUAUUCAUCAAGAUAAUAAUGAACAAUUAUUUAGAUUAUUUUCCCAUGACAAACUUUCAAAGAUUUCUCUUGAAUCGCAAGAAAUUAAGGAAUAUGAUGAAAAAGUCAAAACGUCAAUUGAGAAAUAUAAAGCUAAAAAGUAUUUAAUUAGUAAAGAGUCAGAAGAAGAAUAUUCAAGGAGAAUACAAGAAUCAAUUAUAACAUCAGAACAAGUAAUCAAAGAAUCCAAAAUCCCAUGGGAAAGAAAUUUUAAACCACAUAAAGUUAUGCAUGUAUCUUGUUUGGUCAAGAAUGAUGGUAGCAGGAAGAAUAAAAAAGGAAGAAAGAGCAAAAAGAAAAGAGACGCAGAAAAAAAAGGUCUUUUAAAUAAAAGAGAGAACAACAAAAACAUUAAUGCUAGCAGUAAUUGUAAAGGCUGGCCAACAGGCGGAAAAGAAUAUGUUUAUGGAUGGAAUCAAAGAAAACUAUUUGGAGGCGAAACCAAAGGAAGAAUAGGAAGGGUGAAAGUAAUGGCAGGAUCGGCGAGGGGAGCAAGAAUAAUGAGAGGAACGAGGGGAAUGAGAGGAGUAAGAGGAGGAUUCCACAAUAGAAAAAUUAAAAUAUUAUAG